AUGCCAGAGGACUUCAUGUACCAUCCGUGGCAGGCCAUCAUGAUUUCACUUUGUGGAGUCAAUAAACGAAAACUUCCACGGCAGAGAAAUCUGGACCGGCAAAUGUGGUCAUCAGCGGAGUGCACUGCUUUUCGUCAAGUACUAAACAAGUUCCCGCUGGUGAAAACUCGUACAGUGAAAUCUUCUAUAGUGCACAAUGAUUACAGAAGACCUGUUCAGGUAGAACUUUAUGGUAUUCCUGAUGGGCAUACCGAUACAUCUCCAGAUGUCGGUGUUUGCAUUGCCGCUCUCUUCGCGGCUGAGCUUCGAGGACGGUUGCAACUUCGCCGCAUAGUGGAUGCUUCAAAGUUCUCUCCUGACGACAAUAACAACAAGUACUCGGACCCUCCACCAUUACGAGAAAUUCCUCCAUUCCGAAGAACUUUUCCAUCUGAUUGGAAGCGUGAUUCAACUUCAGCAGAUCUGUUGUCUCAUAGCAGUGAGCUAGCGAAAGUGUGGCGCGAAUGGUCACCACGAAAGGCUCGAAUUCCACCUCUGGAGGUCAAAUGGUUGAAUGAUCACGGGUUCGUUGUCGAAAAUUGCUUUGUUUAA